AUGACACUAAAAAAUGAAAUAAUAUACAAUUGGACACCGGAGGAUCGUGGAAGACAUCGACAUAUGACUCGACAAUCUGAUGUUUAUUUUCGCAGUCUACAACAAGAACCUUGCGUCAAUGACUCGUAUAUUUUGAACGAAAUACUUGUGGGCAGAAAAUAUAAUCGUCACAAAAUACCAGGCAGUCCAGUUCAUGUUACAGUUGAGGUUUGGAUUCAGGAGAUAACAACAAUUAGCGAUAUUACAUCAGAUUUCCAGCUAGACAUAUACAUUAGCGAGACAUGGCAAGAUCCAGCAUUGACCUACGCAGAACUUAUGCCAUGUAAAUAUAAUUUGUCGUUGAGCAGUGUACUUUUGGAACAAUUAUGGACACCAAAUUUAUGCUUCAUUAAUUCCAAAACUGCUGAUAUACAUAAAAGCCCAUUUCCAAAUAUAUUUUUGAUGAUAUAUGCAAACGGUACAGUUUGGACGAAUUAUCGGCUAAAAUUGCAAGGCCCUUGUCUCAUGGAUCUUACACGUUUCCCUUUUGACAAUGUCACCUGUGCAUUAACCUUCGAAAGUUUCAAUUACAACACAGAUGAGGUGCAGAUGAGCUGGUCUCCGUUAGGUGUAUCCAAAAUGCGAGAAAAAAUGGAAUUAGCCGAUUACGAGUUAACGUCAAUUGAACAGCUAAGAGUAACAGCACCUUAUCCUGCCGGUUACUGGCAUGAAUUAACCAUGAAAUUUCACUUCAAAAGACGUGCUGGGUGGUACAUACUUCAGGCUUAUUUACCAACAUAUUUAACCAUAUGUAUAUCUUGGAUUUCAUUUGCUUUGGGUACUCAAGCGAUUCCAGCACGAACAAUGUUAGGUGUUAAUUCACUGCUUGCGAUGACAUUUCAAUUUGGAAAUAUAAUACGAAAUCUCCCACGAGUCAGCUACGUGAAGGCUAUCGAUGUUUGGAUGCUUAGUUGCAUGACAUUUGUCUUCUGCUCGUUGCUCGAACUUGCCUGGGUUGGCUAUUUGAGCCGUGAGGAGGAAAGUACGCCCACGCCACCAGUGAUAGUUGCCAAUGAACCCCCGUCCCCUCCAAAUGAUCCAACCACCAAAGCAUCACAUUUCGAAACUAGCCCAUUACUACGAAGGCAAUUUUUCAAUCAUUCAAAACAAACCUUACUACGAGUUGGUGUGCCACCAGAAGAAACUGCUUUGGUGAAUUUGGUAAGAGACAAUGAUUAUGGCUAUAUACCACCAGGAUAUGGGCUCAAUGGAACAUUGAAAAAUCCGGCUGUGCCUGUUGCCGAAUCAUGUCCGUGUGUUAAAAGCAAUAACCAUAGACCGUCGAUACCGGUAUCGUCAUCAGUUCCAUCACAAGAUACACUCAGACGGAAACGACGAGGACCUAGUUUCAUGAAAUAUUUACGCCCCAAACCUGACCUUGUGGGUAUUGGCUAUGGGACCCAUCAAGCGUUAUACGAAAUGCACCUAUCCAAAUGA